UAAAUUUGCCGAACAUAAUAAAAGUAAAAUAAUAAUAUACGACAUAAGAGAAGAUUUAAUGUCCGAAAUUAUAGACGGAGUAAAUAAAAGAGGAGGUGAAUGUUAUUUUUAAAAAUGUGAUAUAAGCGAAGAACAAGAAUUAGACAACAAUGUUCAAUAAACUUUAUAAAAAUUCAAAAAAAUUGAUAUUUUAAUAAAUAACACUGGAAUAACAAAUUGUAAAUUUUUUAGAAAAAAUUCUUUCGAAGAUAUAGAAAAAGUCAUGGCUGUAAAUUUCCUUGGACCAGUCUCUUUAAUAAAAAAAAUACUACCAAAUAUGCUUGAUAAUAAUUAAGGACAUAUAGUAAAUGUUGCUUCUAUAGCAAGUAUUAUACCUUAUAUAAAAAUGACUGAUUACUGUGCAAGUAAAGCUGCUUUAUCAGGAUUCCAUAAUGGUUUAAGAUUAGAAUUAAAAAAUAUGAAAAAAAAUAUAUAUACAACACUUAUUUAUCCUUAGGAUGACAAUACUGGCAUGCUUAAAGCUUUAUAAACAAAAUUAAAGGGUAUUUUACCUAUAUUUGACGAAAAUAUGAUUGCCGAGAAAAUAUAUAACUCUAUUCUUUAAUAAAAAGAGGAGAUUUUUAUUCACUGGAGUUGGAAAUAAGUUGCUAUUUUUUUGAGAAUUUUGCCUAUUUUUUUAGUAGAUUGGAUUAGU